UCAAAGACGAGUUGGCAAUGCUGGUUACUGCAUGAGGCAAAACUAUAUAUAUAUGUACCGGUGUGCCAGUGAAUUUCCUGUACAUCUCUUUCCGGCAUUCUAAAGCAAUGUCUCACCGGAAAUUUAGCGCGCCUCGCCAUGGCUCCAUGGGGUUCUACCCCAAGAAGCGUUGUCGCUCACAUCGUGGUCGCGUAAAGUCCUUCCCCCAUGAUGAUCCCAAGAAACCUAUCCACUUGACUGCUUUCUUGGCUUACAAAGCUGGCAUGACCCAUAUUGUUCGUGAAUGCGACAAACCUGGCUCAAAGGUCAACAAGAAGGAAGUUGUUGAGGCGGUUACCAUCUUGGAAACACCACCAAUGGUCAUCGUGGGCAUUGUUGGUUAUGUUGCCACCCCCAAAGGUCUUCGUGCUUUGAAAACUGUCUGGGCCGAACAUAUCGGUGAAGACUGCCGUCGUCGUUUCUACAAGAACUGGUAUAAAUCCAAGAAGAAGGCUUUCACCAAGGCUUCAAAGAAGUGGCAAGAUGACUUGGGCAAGAAAGUCAUUGAAAAGGAGCUGAGGGCCAUGAAACGUUACUGCAAAGUGAUCCGUGUCAUCGCUCACACUCAGAUGAAACUUCUCCGACAACGUCAAAAGAAAGCGCAUAUGAUGGAAAUCCAAGUCAACGGAGGCACCAUCCGCCAAAAGGUCGACUGGGCCCGUCAACACUUGGAGAAGACCAUUCCAAUCACCUCUCUCUUCGCUCAGGAUGAGAUGAUUGACGUUAUUGGUGUCACUAAGGGCAAAGGAUUCAAGGGUGUCACUUCUCGUUGGCAUACCCGUAAGCUUCCUCGGAAGACCCACAAGGGUCUCCGCAAGGUCGCUUGUAUUGGAGCUUGGCAUCCGUCCCGUGUCCAGUACACGGUUGCUCGCGCCGGUCAGAAGGGUUACCAUCACCGUACGGAAAUGAAUAAAAAGAUCUACCGUAUCGGCAAGGGUAUCCACACUCGCAAAGGAAAGGUUAUCAAGAACAACGCCGCUACCGAGUACGACUUGACAGACAAGUCUAUCACUCCCAUGGGUGGCUUCCCCCAUUAUGGUGAGGUCAAUAAUGACUUCGUUAUGAUCAAGGGAUGUUGCAUGGGACCCAAGAAGCGUGUCAUCACUCUUCGCAAGGCUUUGGUUACCAGUGCCAAGCGUGUUGCUUUGGAGAAGAUCGAGCUCAAGUUCAUCGACACAUCUUCCAAGUUCGGUCACGGAAGAUUCCAAACUCCGGCAGACAAGGCCUCGUUUAUGGGACCUACCAAGAAGACCAAGACCCCGGCUGCUGCUGCCGCCGCUACCCCUGCAGCUCCCGCCAAGGCUUAAAUUUGGUUUGGCAUUUUCAGUGUGUAUCGACCGUGUUGCAAUUGUUGAAUACAUAUUGGAUAUCGCUAAA